CUAGAAACAGGAAACGGAAGUUGCAUCAGGAGAGCUAGUUAUAUAAAAAUAACGAUAAAACGGUACGAAGGUCAAUCAGUCAAUCCAAAUCCGAACUAAAGGAUAAAAACAAAAAUGCCACGAAGAGGUAGAUCACAAGGAGUUAGCAGGUGAGGAAUGUUGAGGAAUAUCGUUAAAUAUCCCAUGGCGUAAAAUAAAUGCAAAAUAUUCAGUUUUACUCGGUCAAUUUAUUCUGUCGCCUCAUCAAUGAUCAAUUCAAUCAUUUCAGGCGUGCCUCGGUCUCCUCAUCUGAGGCAGAGUAUCUCAAUCAUUUUGGUACUUUUGUGGUUUUAAGAAUGUCGUGUAAGUGUAAGCAUAUGCCUAAAAAUUAAUUAGGCCUGUAGCAUAUACCUCUAAAGGAAAUAUUAACUUAACAUACCGAAAAGGCAUAUUAGUAGGAUUUAAUAAACAACAUGAGAUAUUUCAGAUACUGAAGUGGCUAUUAUUAUUCGGACCUGGGUCCGAGAAGUUAGAUGUUGGGAUUAAAAUUAAAAAAAAAAAAAUGUCAGGUUGUAAGAUAAAAUUUGGUAUCAAAUGAAAGAUAAUUGAAUGGACUAUAUGUUUGUAAACUUAAUUCUUCAGUUUAACUAAAACUAAAAUAAACUACCACAAAUCAUAACAAAUGACAUCCGAAUAGCAUUGAGUCUAAAGGGACCUGGGUCCAAAUAGCGGCAAUGCGUUUCCGGUUCCAUCUUGACUAAAUGCUAUUCGGAUAUCAUUUGUGGUAGUCCAUUUGGCUAUUGUUGGGACUAACACCCAUGACGUCAUUUGUGUGUUUAUUUAAAAUUUGUGUUGGAGUCAUUACCCUUUGUUCAUUUUAUUAUUGGCGGAAGUGCUGAUGACAUGUUUCUAUUUAAAAUUUUAAUUAGUUGAUUAUUUAUAAUUUUAAAUUAUCAUUGGUUGGCUAAUUAUCAUAUUUUAUUUGCGCCACCUUCUUUUUAAUAUGUUGGCCUAACGAAGUGGUUAUGCGCAGCCGUGAGGUCUAUAUUCUUCCUGUGUUACAGUAUCAAUCAAUAAGGGUGCAUCGUUAUCGGUUGACUGGGUGGUCGAAUGGUACAAACUGACCAAACCUGAAGUUGGUGGUCUCGAGUUCAAUUUCAGCCAAAGACAAGCCAAUAAUACGUGUCAGUUGCUAUGUUUGUUCUCGAGAAUGAAGCAAAAUCAACUAGGCUUAUUGUUUUACGUUUGUUUUGGCUAAAAAAUGUUAAAACAUGAGAAGAAUUAGUAACUUGACCAAUGUAAUGUUAAUAAUGGUAUUCUUAUAAUUAUCAAAUAUAUGUUUGUGUUAUUAACAUAAAUUUUGUGUUGUUAACUAAUUUUGUGGCAGAUAAAAUCAUGUUUCUCUGGUACAGUAAUAAAUAUAAUCAUGGGUUGAGAGUAGCAGUAAAAAAAUCGCUGUAGGGGCAGGGGUUCUGUAGAGGGGGCACUGUAAGUAAUACUUUCACACAGUUAUAGUUUUGCAUGGAAGCUGAAAAUUGUUACAUUUAGGUCAUCAAAAAAAAUAAAAUCAUAAAUGAUAUAAUUUAAAAAAAAAUAAAUAGAAUGUAUUUCCUGAAUUAGUCAGUAAAACCAACCACAUGGUCAUAGCAACAUAUAAGAACCUAAUCAAUCAAAAUACAUAACAAUAACUAGACUUAGACCGCGUUAGGCUUAGACUCUAAGAAAUAUAGACUUUGACUUAUACUUAUAAUUAUAAUAUAUAAGAUACAAGCAAUAAUACUAAUAAUAGCACUAAUACUAAUAAUAUUGCUAUCAACAAUUUCAAUAUUAAUUAAAAUUAAUUCAAUUAAAAUCUUACGUUCAACACAUCCAAAGUUCUAGUUCAAAACAACCCAUCAUGCGGCUAAUUACGCAUAAUAUUUUUUUUUUAAUUGCCAAACAAGCGAUUGAUAAACAUUAUUUGGCUUAAUUCCUAGCCGACUGCGUAUAACCCUGAGAGUUAUACGCAGUCAGCUGUUAAUAACCCUCAGGGUUAUGCGCAGUUGACUGCGUAUAACUCUCAGGGUUAUGCGCAGCCGACUGCAUAUAACGCUUCCCUUGGCCUAAUGUCGGCAGUUGUGCUCCAAUAUUUUCUUUUUUAUUUGGAACCUGCAAUAAAGUGUGUAUUGUUGUGCUCCAAUUAUUUGGUUUUUUUUAUUUGGAACCUGCAAUAAAGUGUAUAUUUCAUGAAACUGUAAGUUGGGUUUUAAUUAUUUCUUUAAGAAUUAUUUUUGGCCUCUUUUUUUUCCCAGACCCCUCCCCCACUUUAAAUACCAAAAUCAGAAACAAAUAAAUUAUCUGGGGAGGGGUGACCCCUCCCCAAUGUAAAAAAAAAUGAAAUAAGCCAACAGUUGAUCCAUAAACUAGGGGUGUGCCGGAUCCGUUUUUUCCAACCGGAUCCGGAUUUUCUUAUGCGAAAUCCGCCGGAUCCGGAUUCCGGUUUCUCCCAUAUUCCGGAUUUUGGUACUAUUGGUAGAUACUUCGGUAAGUCAAGGUGGACUACUACUUUUUGUGUAUGGGAAUUCGCAAUCGGCGCCAAAAAAUCCGAGUUUUUAAUUUUCCGAUGUGUGUGUCUAUUUAUUAUUAAAUUAGUAUUUUCGAUAUAUAUUUGAGUUCCGUUCCAUUUGGAUAAGUGUCUUACGAGAGACGCCAUGUUUCUACGCGUUCGCAGCAGGUUAUGCAGCUCGCUCAACCUAAUUUCGCCAUGGGGUUGGCCACGCCCCCCUUUUUAAUGGCGGAAGUUGACGAUACUUAGGAAAUAUUAAUUUAUUAUCACUAUUUACAUCAAAAUAAUUGAUAACUUGUGUUUCAGAAUGCAUUUAAAGACAUUUAAACUGGAAUGUUUUAAUUUGAGCUUUAACAACCCGGUAGAAUCCAUAUUAUAAAUGAUCAGAAUUUACCGUGUGCAACACGUUGUCAUUGGCAACCAUUCACAGCCACUUGCAUAACUGUAUCGUAGUACUACCUCAGAGUUUCAUUCAUAAGAGUUUGCCGUGUGCAAAAACUAUUAAACCAUUGGUCAGGGAAAGCUUUAAUUAAUUAUUCAUGUGCCAAAGUUGAAAGUUUAAACUAAGUCUAAACAGUAUUUUAGUGAUAAGGCAGGGAAUGCGUUGCCUUAUAUAAACUAUAUAGUCAUUGCGCAUGACGGGAUUGGUGGAAUGAGAUCACAGAAUGUGGAGAUGCAGUCCAUGUUAAAAAAUGACAAACCAAGUCGUACUUUAAAAAUUCAUAACUUUAAAACUACAACAGCUAAAAAUAUGAUUUUGGUGUUAUAAUUCUUUAAAAAAUUACAUCUUUUCAACUAUGCCAUUGGUUUAUUUUUACAAAAAGUUUAAAUUUUCUUAUCAAAGUCCCUACACUAUUGGCCACUAUUAGCGGUGCUGACUCUAGCCUCUGGUAUGUACGGAAUAUUAAACAUUAAACAAGCUCAACGCUCGAAACAAUCGAUUAAUGUAUCGUGAUCGUGUGAAAUUCGGGAAAGAGAAUUACUUUUAUUUCAGAUUAUGAUCCGGUGAGUCACAAAAUCUGGCAAAUUCCGAAAUCCGGUAUAUUCCGGAAUCCGGUUAUUCCGGAUACAUGUAAAUCCGGCGGAACCGGAUUUCACCGGAUAGUGCAAAAUCCGGCGGAACCGGAUUCCGGACCGGGGUCCGGCACACCCCUACCAUAAACCUAACCCAAAGCUGAAGGCCACAAGUAAGCACCAACUGUUAGCAGCCGUAUAAACACAUGGAAUUUGAAAAUGAACAAAAAACCAUAAAAAUGGCAAAAAAGAAGCCAAAAAUAAUUCUAAAAACCAAGAAAUAAUUAAAACCCAACGGCUUUACAACCCAACUUACAGUUUCAUGAAAUACACUUUUACACACUUUAUUUCAGGUUCCGGUAGUUUCAAUUGAAAAAAAAAUAUGCACAAAUAAUUGGAGCACAACUGCGGCAUUAGGCCAACAUGUUGAAAAGAUGGUGGCUCAAAAAAAAUAAGAUAAUUAGCCAACCAAUGAUAAUUUAAAAUUAUAAACAAUCAACCAAUUAAGUUUUAAAUAGAAACAUGUCAUCAGCACUUCCACCAAUAAUAAAAUGAACAAAAUGUAAUGACUCCUGCACAAAUUUUAAAUAAACCGCAAAUGACGUCAUGGGUAUUAGUCCUAACAAUUUAAGUUUAAGGGAAAUAGUUUUUAAUCAACCCAUACUCUUUUCUUCUGAAACUAUUAUUGAGCUUUAAUUGGGAUUAGAUCUUUCUGAUGCUGAUGAGGAAAAGGGUCGUGAAAUUGUGUAAGGAAAUAGUCCUACUAUAGCUCAAAAUUUAGGCCUACACGAGCCUGUAGGUUUGACAGGUUUUAGACAGAGUGCCAACGUAUAUAUUAAUUUAGUACUAUCGACUUGACACUGUGCUAGCCACACAAUGCCCUAAAAGUGAACAAAACACAUUAGUAUUUUUAACACCCAUUUCUGAACAGAUAAUUCUCUACGAGCUAUCAAUAAUUGAAAACAAAAAAGUUAUAAGACAAUUUGCAAACCUAACAAAUUUUGGCCCAUUCCAAAAUGUCUAGGCCACAGGGAAUAAUUAGCAAAAUAAUAGUGGGUACCCGGUGCUUAGACUAUACAUAGCAAAAAAAAGUAGGUCGGUGCCAGAAAGGUUAGUAUAUUAGAUAAAAUUCAGUCACCUUAAUCUGUAUAUUACAAAUGUAAAAAGAGAUAGACAGAGAAAGGUGACUAAAUAUUUUAAAUUUAUCUUGCCUCAUUAUGUCAAAUAAUCUAAAUCAUGUCAUAUAAUUGCCUGAGCCAUUCUGGCUUGCAAACUGUUGUGAAAUGGAAAGCUUACGUAAAAAGGGCUAGCUGAGUUGGGAUUAGCAGUAGGCAUGACAAUGUCUUAGAUGGUACAUAGGUCAUGGCGCUUCCUAGACGACCUAGACUUACAUCUUCUUAGUUACUAAUUCAAAACAUUUGAAUUUUAGCUCUUAACCUAUUUGAUAAACGUUGCUCUCGCCCAGCAACUACAACUUUUUUUUUCUAAUUUUUGUCUUGUUAGUGGAGAUUCCACUACCGGUACCGUACCCAGAAAAUUAUGUUUAAAUGUACAUGAUUACAUAAUUGAAAUGAAUGGCAUGCUUGUUAAAAAUAGACCUAAUACACCUUUACUAAAUGUUUAAAAAGGCCUAUCUAGAAAGCUACUGGUAUCUAUAAAGAUUCUUUAGCACAAAUUGCAGCUGAGACUUCCACUGGAGGAUUAGUCACACUAGUCACUUAUGUAGGUUUCAUUAAAAAAUAAGCUUCAUCCAUUCUCUUCCUGAAGACUGAGAGAGGCCAAAGAUCUUCUUCAGGAAUCAAAAUAUUAUUUACCACAUUAUUGUUAAUUUUUAGGCUUUUACACUAAUAAUAAAUGAUAGAAUUGUUUGACAGGUUUAAAAUAACUUUUGCCCCCUCAUGAUUACUUUGUAUUAGUCCAAUGUCCAUAUAAUUUCCUUGUAAAUCAUUUUCACCCUAUGACAGUGGGUCAAUAUCAGCGACUCUAAAUCAGCAUGUGGCACUUUGUAAGAAUAGAUUCAGCUCUCUAAUUUUUUAAAAUUAACGACUUUUGAGCUUACAGCCCCUCUCUGCGGCUCGGCUCUUGUCCCUGAAUAAUUUCUCAGCAUACAUAAUUUAUAAAAUGACUCCUCACUCAAAAACCGUUAUCAUCCUCUGAAGUUAAGCCUUGAAUUGCUCAGUACAUAAUAAACCUAUCAUUUCAAUAUUUCCAACUCACAUUUAUCCCCUUAUGUCUUCUAAAGAUAUACAAAAAAUGUUUGUUCUGUAUUAUUUUAGGGUUUCUGCACCUGUUAGACAGGCCCCUGCACCUGUCAGACAGGCCCCAGCCCAAGUACCAGCUCAUGCGCCACCACCUCCUCCACCAGCAACUUAUGCCCCACAACCUAAACAGCCUGGUAUGUUUGCCCAGAUGGCAACUACAGCUGCAGGUGUAGCAGUUGGCUCAGCAGUGGUCAGUACUACCAUUUUAUUAAUUUUGGCCUGUUGUAAAUGUCAUUGCUUUGUAUGAAAAUGAUUUCUCAACUUCAUUAAACUUGCCUCAUUUAAAGGGGGGAGGGGGGAAAAUAUUCGCGCUGACAUAUCUCUCCUUGUUAUUUUACAGUAACAAUUAAAUCAUGCACCCCCUUCAGAUUUCUUUGAAUGUAUGAUUCUGCAUGAUUUAAAAAAUUAUUUUAAAAAUGUAUCUGUGUGUUAGUAGUGGAUAUAACAUGGAUAACAUUGGUUUAACAUUUAGAAAAUUGUUGACGAAAGUCAAUUAUGUUUUUCCAUGUUAUUUAUUGAUUGAUUUAUUUUUCUCAGGGUCAUGUUGUUGGUUCUGCCAUCACAGGGGGUUUGGGAGGUGGUAGCAGCCAUGAGACGGCCCCAGCUCCUGCCGCUGCCCCAGCACCUGUAGCUGCCCCCGCCCCACCAGCCCAGCCACUAUACAACAAUGCUGAUCAGAGGGCCAAUCCUUGCCAGUAUCAACUUCAACAAUUCCUUGAAUGCACACAGACACAACAUGAUAUAAGCCUUUGUGCUGGGUUUAAUGAAGCCUUGAAGGAAUGCAAGUUUCGAUAUGGUGAGUUAAGAUUUGAUUUUUGUGUUUUAGUUUGAUAGCUGCUGUUAAGUAUUUCAUAAUUUUAUCACUAUUCUCUUGAGAACAAAGUUAUGAGCCCAAGGAUGGAGCUAGUAAGGGGAUAUCGAUUGGUUGUAUUUUUUGUUGUUGUUGUUGUUGUUGUGAAUUAAGUCGUUCUUUUUCCAUUGAACCAAUUCUUUUUCAGAUUAGAUAACAAAUAAACCCACAAAUGUCAAAAACAGUUCACUUAGCAAUGGUUAACAAUCAGUCUUAGGGACCGUACUCUUGUCAUUAUAUGUAGGAUUAUAGAUGAGGAUUAUAUGUAGCUUCUUAAAAAUUUAUGAUCCAUGAGGUUCACUGACUUCGCUUAACUUAGUUUAAUUUCAUGAAAAGUAAUUUGAGAGUUAUUUGCUUCUGUAGCUAUUAAUCCAUUUGUCUGUUCACAGGUCUACAAUGAAACAGUAACAGAAGUCAAGUAAUCUCAGGCCCUCCAGAUGGUUACACCAGUCAAAUGUACAUAGUGCAGAUGGGCAUACAAGUGACAUUAACCAAAUUUAGAGUGAUUUAGUUAGACUCAUAGUCAAGAGAACCUGGAGAUAGUUGCAGUUUAUUUGUUAAAUGAAAGAGGUGGUAUUAUAUGGGCUUUGAGUUUUCCAAUUUUCUUUUUCACUUCUGCUUGAACGAUCCUUCAUUAUAUUUUUUUUUUUUUUUGCCCCUAAUUUUACAUUUUGAAACUGAAUUGAAGAGUGUACAAGUUUUUAAAAACUUUUAAGUAGUACUUGUACAGUAUAUAUGAAUAAGUUCCUCAGACCUCAAGUCUAGCCACAAAAAAAACACACUUUUUUUGGAUGGUUGUCUGUGUGCAGUAAAGAAGAGCACUGUCUGGUUUAUUAACAUUGUUGUAUGCAAUAACCACAUUGUAUACUGAAAAUAACCUACAGAUAUUAUAAAUAAAUGGUCAUGCACAAAAUUGUUGAAUUUGCUUGAAAGUCAUUUUGUCAUGUGAUUUUGAUUUAUAAAAACAGCUUAAAUUACACCUGCACCUGCUUGAUAGUUAACUAUUUCCCGCAAUUCUAAGACAAAAUUACAUGUCUGCCUAAUCCCAAA